GAUGAAACUAAUUUCUGCACACGGUACCACUAAAUUCCUCAUGCCAAAAUAAAAGAGUAAAUUAAGAUAUUGCCAGCUCCAGAAUCCGAAUAAGUAACCCCACAAGUGAUUAAUACGAAUUAGGGGCAUCCACUGUAGCAGAGUAAACCCGUGGCACUACCAAAUCUCACCAAAGUCCAGCCCUAGUUGUCCCCCACACGUGUGUGAGUGUGUGUGUGUGCGGGUGUAUGUGUGCGUUGUUUUCUCACUCAAUUUCAGUGCAAUUUAAAAAAAUCAACAAAAGCGCAGUAACAGCAGCAACAACAAUUAGAAAACGCACUUGUUACCGAGGUUGGCUGCCAGUACUAGAAAAGCAAACAAUAAACAACCGAGCUGGCGAGACUGAAAUCCAUCGCAUGAUAAACAAACCGAACAAGAACCUUCGACAGCUUCGAAAUUCAGGAGAAGGACGGGCCACGUCGCUAUCUUAUCUGCUACACUGAGAGAAAAGCCAGUAGGCCAGUCGCGUUCGAUCAUCGUUUAGGUUUUCAAACUCGGGCGGUAGUAAUUAAGUUCGUUAAAAAUUAGCAAAACCAAAACAACACCAUGUCCUCGUCGUCGGCGUCCGGCGGCCGGAAGCAACCCACUGCUGUGUCGCGCAUGAAGCAGGACUAUAUGCGCCUCAAGCGGGAUCCCCUGCCGUACAUCACCGCCGAGCCGCUGCCCAACAACAUCCUCGAGUGGCACUACUGCGUCAAGGGGCCGGAGGACUCGCCUUACUACGGCGGCUACUACCACGGCACCCUGCUUUUUCCGCGCGAGUUCCCCUUCAAGCCGCCAUCCAUCUACAUGCUGACGCCGAACGGUCGUUUCAAGACCAACACCAGACUGUGUUUGAGUAUAUCAGAUUUUCAUCCGGACACUUGGAACCCGACCUGGUGCGUGGGCACCAUUCUCACUGGACUGCUGAGCUUCAUGCUGGAGAGCACACCCACACUCGGAUCCAUCGAAUCAUCGAACUAUGACAAGCAAAUUUUUGCUCAAAAAUCACUAGCAUUUAACCUGCGCAACACCAACUUCUGUGAACUGUUUCCGGAGAUGGUCGACGAGAUCAAGCAGCGGCUGCAGAGAACACAGGCGGCAGCUGCAGUGGACGGAUCCGCUGCAAACGGAGUAAAGCGUUCCAACGGACUGGCCAACGGAGCGAGCCUGGCAUCUGCGGAUGGCAAUCUGGCGGCGGGCGGCUUGGCCAAUCCACUGAAUGCAGCGGACGCAAUCGAUGGCGGGGCGGCGGGUCAGGCGGAUUUGGCCAGCGGCGGAGGAGCGGCGGUGCAGAAUAGUGCACGGAACUCCUAUCUAAACUGGCAGUCCGUCUAUUCAAACCUGGUGAUCAUUAUCUGCUUUGCAAUUUUUGCCCUCAUUGUUAAUUACGUGAUCAAGAACCUGAAUCAGGAAUAGAAUUACCAACACAGCCUCUAUAUUUAUAUACAGAAAUAGUUACACAUCCGUAUGCGUGUGCAUAUCUAAUCUAGUUUACUUUAAAAUAGUCUUCGUGGAUUCUAUACCGCUUGAGAAGUAUUUACAGACCCCACUUGAUCCAAAAACAACCGCACCAGACCCGGCAUCCAUUCCCCCCACGAUUCCCACGAUUGCUGACUUAGUCUGAAAAUUAUCGGCAGCAAAAUUUAGAAACACAAUUCUAAACUCGAUUUGUGAAAUUUAAAAAUUGUUUUGUUAUGUAUUCAUUACUAUUAACGCCUAGUUUAAUGCAACGUGAAUAAUGCCAGAAAUAUGUUUGUAAAUGAAUAAAGAAGUCCGGCAACAUAUGAGCUCGUGUACAAAUUAACCAA